AUGAGCCAGCUCCUCACGGCGCGACAGGCGGAGGAGCUGCACAAGGCGAUGAUUGCCUACAUGACCGCUGCGAACUUGCCGAAGACUUGCGCAGCGCUACGAGAAGAGCUUGGCGAGUCAGUCUCCGUCGAGGAUUCUACAUUGAAGAAAUAUGAGGGACUGCUGGAGAAGAAAUGGACCAGCGUGGUCCGACUACAGAAGAAGAUUAUGGAUCUAGAGACCCGGAUAGCUACCCUUCAGACCGAACUGGAUACAGCCACCCCUACAUCGCUCUCUCGAAGAAACCAGGAUCCGGUAUCUUGGCUACCCCGAGCCCCUGCUCGCCACGACCUGGAGUCGCACCGGCAGCCCGUCACCUGUGUUGCCUUCCACCCUAUAUUUUCCUCUCUCGCCUCCGGAUCAGAGGACACAACGAUCAAAAUUUGGGACUGGGAAUUGGGUGAAUUGGAGCGGACAAUCAAAGGUCAUACGAGGGCGGUUCUGGAUGUGGAUUAUGGUGGACCGCGAGGGGGUACCCUCCUUGCCUCAUGUUCAUCCGAUCUGACUAUCAAAUUGUGGGACCCUGCCGAUGAGUACAAGAACAUCCGUACUCUACCAGGGCACGAUCACAGCGUCUCAGCGGUCCGCUUCAUUCCAUCAGGGGCUGCAGGGUCCCCGAUGUCCGGCAAUCUGUUGGUGUCGGCAUCGCGUGAUAUGACACUACGGAUAUGGGACGUGACGACUGGGUAUUGCGUCAAGACAUUGCAAGGACAUUCUGCUUGGGUGCGAGAUGUGGCACCUUCUCCAGAUGGGCGGUUCCUGUUCUCUGCGGGAGAUGACCAAGUCCCCCGUCUCUGGGAAAUCUCUUCAGGGGAGCCUAAGGCGACUUUCCUUGGGCAUGAGCAUGUGAUUGAGUGUGUUGCCUUUGCUCCUACCACGAGUUACCCACAUCUGGCGCCUCUGGCGGGACUGAAAAAGCCGCCCUCUGCGUCAUCAUCGGCUGAAUUUGUUGCUACGGGUGCUCGUGAUAAGACCAUUCGUCUAUGGGAUGCCCGGGGCAACCUGAUCAAAACAUUGGUGGGCCACGACAACUGGGUCCGAGCUCUUGUCUUCCAUCCUGGUGGGAAGUAUCUGCUCUCGGUGGCAGAUGACAAGACACUACGAUGUUGGGACCUUACUCAAGAGUGCAAGUGUGUGCGCACAAUCAAUGCUCACGACCACUUUGUCAGCUCGAUUCGGUGGGCACCUCCGCUGAUCAAGGACAGCAAUGCCAAUGGAGCCAACGGCUCCGCAGAACCUGCUACAUCAAACGGAGCGAAAGACGAUACCAACGCGGCAAGCAAGAUGUCCAUCCGCUGUGUGCUCGCCACAGGAAGUGUCGACCUCAAGGUGCGGGUAUUUGCCUCGUGA